AUGUCGCAACAACCUUUUCAGAGCCAAGCAUGGAAUCAUCAGCAGCAGCAAGAAGAAUUGAUGCAGCAACAACAGCACCGCUACAUUUUGUCUAAUCCUAACCGCCAGAUGGCUUUACAAUAUCCAGCUUAUCAAUCAACGCAGCCGGAAUAUCCGGAUGGCUCAAAUCAGCGUCCAUUAUAUCGAGAUGUUCUGAUGAACUCGCAGCAUGAAUUGCAACAGUCACAGCAAUAUCAACCAUCGCCUAGCUUUUUACAAUUACCCACCAGUCUGCCAACGUAUCCUAUUUCGGAAUUAUCAAGAGAACGGACGCAGCAAAACCUGUUUAUGCAUCAGCAGCGUCAACAGCAAUGGUUGUCGCAUUCGAGGCAGCAUGGGGAACAAACAUCAAACGAAUUAUUCAUGCCGAUGGAAUUUGAACAUGAAUUAGGACGACAAAACUCGGUGUCAAAUACGCUUGGAUUUUCUCAGAUUGAGCAACCGAUGUAUUACUCACAGGUCUACUCACCAUCGGAGAUUAUUCAACAUCCGUCCCAGUCACAAGGAAACAUCCACCAAGAGCCUCCACUACAAAGCAACUUUGGUCAAUUAGGAAACAGGUUUCCACAUAAAUCUUCUCAGAUGGAAACCAACGAGCAAUUUUUGCAAUCUCAAAUAAUCGGAUAUCAGCGGGAAAAGUCUAAUAAU